UUUUGGAGUUUUCUGACAGCUUUGUCAGAUAGAGUAUUUAGUGGUUUAAUAAAUAUAAUCAUAGCUGUUUAGAAUGUUGGUCUCAAAAAUUACGUUUUUCAUUAAUUAUGUCUGAUAACAAUGAUUGUGACGCGGCUGCAGUGUUUCUAGCCGUGUUGGUAUUUGCAUUGCCGCUAACACUUUUGAUCCCAGGGUUUUCAGUGUGGAACGUGGUGCCCAAGUUUCGAGUGACCAGGUUCCAUUUUGUUAGCCAAGAUGUUACCUGGUUACAAAUUAAUGCCGGAAUUAUAACAGUACUAACCAUUUUCUUCUGCCUGUAUCUUGAGAUACGGAAAAGAAAAUUAGACGAUAUGGUUGAAAAUGUUCUUACGGUGAGCCAAGCUACCGAUGCCACAUUGGAGGUAGAACGUGGUCGUCAAGCCGCGGCGGUGAAGGUCUGCGUGGAGCUUCUCGAUGCUUCCACUGAACAUUACGAGCAAUUAGCACUGCUGCGAGAUGAGCUGCAGAAACGAAAUGUAAUGAAAAGGCAAUACCCACCCGCCAUCGAACUGAGUUCCUCAGAAAUGUGUGCAUGAAAUAUUUUGAAAGAUUCGAAUAAAAUUAUGAUUUAAAUUAA